AUGCCUCCUCUUCUAUGCUUCAAGACACUUUUGACCAACAAUUUUGGUCAUCUUCAUCUUUAUGGUCGCCACACUGUGGUGUUGUAUGCCUCUCCCCCCAUAUUAUUCUCACAGACCCUUUAUUUAGUCCUUGCGGCAGGUGAUUUUAACCAUGCCAUUCACUCUAACUACGCUUUCGGACGUCGUGUCCCACUAGCAUGGCUCCAGUUUCUGAACAACCAUAUGGUUGACUGUGUCACUUCUCCUGGCCAGAACCCACAACCCACCUUCCAUCGCGCCUUGUCUUCCACUACAAUCGACUAUAUUCUUGCCUCUCCUGAUCUUCACUCUCGCACUACUGACUCCCAGCAGUACCAGCUCUCUAAUAUCUAA